UGCGUACAUGCUUCCUCUUCCUCAUCACGCUUGGCCGCCUCGUGGCCGCCCUGAACGAGACGGCGCUGUUCACCUUCAACGGCUUCUCCGGCGCGAACCUCUCCCUCGACGGCAUGGCCACAGUCACGCCGGACGGCCUACUCAUGCUCACCAACGGCACCACCGCGCUGAAGGGGCACGCCUUCCACCCGACUCCGCUGCGCUUCCACGGCGCGAACGGGCGCACCGUGGCGUCCUUCUCCACGGCCUUCGUGUUCGGCAUCAUCGGGCAGUACCCCGACGUGAGCAGCCAGGGCAUGGCCUUCGUCGUGUCCGCGAGCAGGGACUUCUCCACGGCGCUGCCGGGCCACUUCCUGGGCCUGGUCAACGCCGCCGACAACGGCAACGCCGGCAACCACCUCCUGGCCGUCGAGCUCGACACCGUCCUCAACGCGGAGUUUCGGGACAUCGACGACAACCACGUCGGGGUCGACGUCAACAGCCUCACCUCGGUGCGAGCGGCCUCCGCCGGCUACUACGACGACCAGACCGGCUCGUUCAGGAACCUGAGCCUGAUCAGCCGCAAGGCCAUGCAGGUGUGGGUGGAGUACGACGGCCGGGCCAUGGAGCUCGACGUGACCAUGGCUCCUGUCGAGAUGCCCAAGCCGAAGAAACCCCUCCUGUCCGCCGUCGUCAACCUCUCGGAGGUGGUCACGGACCCCGCGUACGUUGGCUUCUCCUCGGCGACGGGGAUAAUCUUCUCGCACCACUACGUGCUGGGCUGGAGCUUCAAGUUGAACGGCGGCGAGGCCCCGGCGCUGAACGUGUCGAUGCUACCAGCUCUGCCGCGCACGACGACCGGCAACAAGACACGACUAAAGGUCCUCGAGGUCGUUCUGCCAAUCGCGUCCGUGGUGUUCGCUCUCGCACUGGCCACGGCGGUCGUCGCCGCCGCCAAACGGCGAGCCAAGUUCGCCGAGCUGCGCGAGGACUGGGAGGCCGGCUUCGGGUCGCAUCGCUUUGCGUACAAGGACCUGUUCUACGCGACGGGCGGCUUCAAGGACAGGAACUUGCUCGGGAGAGGAGGGUUCGGGAGGGUGUACAUGGGCGUGCUCCCGAAAUCCAAGGCGCGGGUUGCGGUCAAGCGGGUUUCGCAUGAAUCCAGACAGGGGAUAAAGGAGUUUGUCGCGGAGAUCGUGAGCCUUGGCCGCCUCCGCCAUCGGAGCGUCGUGCAGCUGCUCGGCUACUGCCGGCGGAGAGGUGAGCUCCUCUUGGUCUACGACUACAUGCCGAACGGCAGCCUCGACAGGUAUCUGCACGACCACGACAAACCCGCCUUGGAUUGGGACCAAAGGUUCAAGAUAAUCAAAGACGUAGCGUCAGGCCUGCUGUAUCUCCACGAAGACUGGGAGAAGGUCGUCGUCCACCGGGACAUCAAGGCCAGGCCAGCAAUGUGCUCCUCGACGCGGAGAUGAGUGGCCGGCUGGGCGACUUCGGGCUCUCAAGGAUGUACGACCAUGGCACGGAUCCGAGCACCACCCAUGUGGUCGGCACGAUCGGGUACCUAGCCCCGGAGCUCGGGCACAGAGCCAAGGCGGCACCAGCCACUGACGUGUUCGCGUUCGGCGUGUUCCUUCUCGAGGUCACGUGCGGGAGGCCGCCCGUCGGGGAGGACGACGCUCAAGGGAGCCAGGCCGUGCUUGUAGACUGGGUGCUUCACCACUGGCGCAACGGCUCCAUCACGGAAGCAGCUGAUCCGAGGCUCGGAAAUGACUAUGCAGACGGCGAGGUCCAGCUGGUGCUCAAGCUUGGCCUGCACUGCUCGCAUCCUCUGGCGGUCUGGCCAGCGCGAGGCCUAGCAUGCGGCGGGUUGUCCAGUGCCUUGACAGCGACGUGAUCUCCCCGGAGAACAAUGAGGUGAUGCACGUGAAUUUCAGCUAUGGUGUGUCGGCUCUGAUGAAGGACCAAGAGCAUGCGCUGGAUGCCGUGGCGUGUGAGUUGUCUUCAGCGUCAAGCGCUGGUAUUAUGUCUAGCACUAUGUCGGAAGGAAGAUAACGGCAUAUGUAAGGUUGUGUUUCUGUACUUCUGUGGCUAAGUAUAAAAUGUCCCACAUCUUUUGUUGUUGUGUU